GCACUGUUUAGAGAACAACAAAAUUGCUUUCAGCUGAGAGGGUUCUAAUUUAAUAAUAAUGGUAGUGUCUGGCUGUCAGAGUAAUCUGCUCAUGCCAUGGAGUCUGCUUCUGGACAGGAAUUACCCACUGAUAUUAUCAGUUGUUGUAAACUGUCUUGGCUGAGAAAUCAAUCAUUAACUCUGGUCCCCAUGUCAUAAAAACAUCGUAUUGUAAGAGCACGACUCGCUUAAGGCUCUCACUAAUCAAUCAGGCAUACAGCAGGAGUACAGCAACACAUAAAAGGAGCCAGAGACUCGGGAAAUCCGUCAGCUAAGGGGAGACGAGCUGCACUGAGGUUUAUCUCCAUGGAGAAACUCACUGGCAAGCCAAACAAGGAAAACAGAUCGUCAGCUGCUGGAGCACUGCAGGCUGAGGCAGACAGUCCUGCACCCGCGGCUGGAGGUGCUGCAGAAAUGAGCAGAGCAGGAUCCAUAACACAGAACUCAAAACACAAGAAGACAGUGGGAUUCACUGAAGAGUGUACUGAAGAAAUGGAGAGACCUUCAGGAACAGAGAGAGACAGUCCUGCUGCUUCUGAACCAGCAGUUUUGCAACAAGACUCUCCAAACUCAAGGCCACUUGCUGUGCCAAUGAGCACAAACUCUCCCGAAAUGAGCAUGUUGGAACUGAACCCCCAGUGCUCAGACACAGCCACUCUGGAUAUGGACUGCAUGAUCUGCUUCAACAAGUACAGCAUCUACAGAGUCCCAAAGCUCCUGGACUGCCAGCACACCUUCUGCGCCGUCUGCCUCAAGCUGAUCCUCAGGAAAGAGGAGAACACCUGGAUAAUCACCUGCCCUCUUUGCAGAAAGCCCACCUUGGUGUCAGGGGGGCUCAUCCGCACGCUCCAGGAUAAAGAGGACGUCCUGGAGCGCUUGGAGAGCCUCGAUUCAAACCCUGAGGUGUACGUCUGUGCCGUGGGGCUGGAUGGCAACAGCUGGACUCAGAGCAGCCAAGACAUUUUAAUCACAGAGGAAAACAGCCCAGCACACACCAGCCUGGCUGUGCAGAGACUCGUGCUGCUCCUGCUGCUUGGGGUGAUCCUCGCCAUGCUCAUCCUCCCAUUUAUGUACUCCGGGAGAGUGAAGUGGGUAAUUUGUCUCCUGCUUACUUUGGGGUUGCUCAUGUCUCUGAUGCUUUGCUGCACUCCUAAAUUUCACUGCAGGUGCAAGAAGGACUCCCCUGCCUCCUGUGACAAGGAGAUCCAGGUUGUUACUGUUGCCUGAAACAAUGAAUCUGCGAAUGGCAGAGAUCAGGGACUGGGCCAAGGUGCACGCUGGGCACACCAGUGAGUUAUGGACUUAAAGCAAUCUCUCAGAAAAUAAAUUCAACAGUUGGCUGAGCUGGCUCAAUGCCAAUGCACAUUGUUGUUAAAUCUCAUUGCUGCAAACAAAAUGAACUACAUAUAUGUUGAUA